CGUGUUUUCGUGCUAGGUGUAUUGUGAUUAAAGAAAAUAUUUUUAUUGUUACGUAUAUUUAAAAUUUCCGCCACAAAUAUUCAACCACAGAUAUUUUGAUCAGCGACGUGCCAAUCAUAACGUUAUGGAUGGGAGCUCGGAGACAGAAGAAACUGAAAGAUUACCAUCCAAUCUUCAGCUUGAACAACAUACUUCAAUAUUACCAAAGGAAAACUCUAUCCCAAAAACACAACAACUUAAUGCUGCUAAAAAUACCCAACUCGAAAAAUCACCAAAAGCUCCAGCCCAAAACUCUGAACAAAAACCGCCCCCAGUUGAAGAAAAAGCUGAAGCAGCAUACGAAUCAAAAAAAACCUUCCUCAAAAGAAGCGGCACCACCGACCGAGGCAAAGAUUUUGAGAAUAUCCUAAUCGCCAACGUCAUCCUUUCGUUGCUCAGCGACCAGACAAUUACUGACUUCUACAUCUCGUCCAACGACGACAGUUUCGGCGCAUUUGAUGACGUUGUCAUCGAACUGCACACAGGGAGCAAAAUCGAAACAAAAGCCAUUCAGCUGAAACAUAGCGAACAAGAAAAAUUAUUAUCCAUCCAACAACUAAAAACCAAAAAAGAAAAAAAGGCAGAUUUCGCGCUACGGAAAUAUUUUGAAUCGUUCCAACAGGUCCAUAGUAGAGCACAAGAAUUUUUGUUGUUCACUAACUUUAAAUUUGGAAUUUCGGACAAGAAAAUAUUUCAACUACAAGGGGAAAAGUUUGACAUAAAACCAGUGCGGUUGACUAUUCCAGAAGGAGGUUUAAAAUUUUCUGGGCGUGUUGAUAACUACUAUAAGUUCGAAGUGGUGGAGGGGGAAUGGACUAGGCAAAACCCGGAGGAGUUUGAAGCUUACAAAGCCUUUUUUGGAAAGUUUCGUCUUCACACUGAUCAAAAAAAUGUCGACGAACUCGAGAAAUCAACGUUGAAGGAAUUCACUGAAGCUUUUUCUUCCAAUAAAGAUGCGUUUCAAAAGUACGUCAGAGUUAUCACGGAGUGGAAUAUGAGAAAAGGGGAGAAAGACAAACUCAGUAAAGAGUGGAUGGAGCGUGCCAUAACUUUGCUUUUGAUUGGUCCUCAAAUCGAACCUCUAUGUUUUGGUUUAGUCGACGACAAAAUGAAGAUUUUGAGAGAAGCUAUUUCUUAUUUUGAUGUCACUCUAGUGGAAGAAAAUGGAAGUAAACUAGUUAAAAAGUUGUGGGUCGAUUUUAACACUAACAAUCUCGACGAGGUCAACAAACUAAGCAAAAAAUAUUGCCUUCCUUGCGAUUACAUAGAAGACGUUAAAAAUUUGGAUGGACUUAUUUUGGCACAACUGCUAUGGUUGAUGGAUCAGAGUCCGUUAAUACUGAGAGAAAAUUCAAGUGUUCAUAAAGCAAUCCAACUAUGCCGUCAUCAAAAAUUUGUCUUGGUAGUUGACAAUGAUGAGACGAAAGAAUGGAUGAAAGGCCGCUCGGUUUUCCAGAACUUAUCCAACUUGACAACGAAUGUCAUCCUAUACGAAAAAAUAAUGCAAACUUUCACCAUUUCGUUGCAAGGAAAAGAAGACCUAACUCUAGAAGCGGCAUUUGGAAACAACAAAGAAUUUCUAACCCACGUGUCCACAACCAAUCUAACCCAAAUGCUUCACGGUCCCUGCUACAUCGGAGACAAAGAAGACCUUGUGGAUCCUUACAUAGAGCGCAAUUUCACCCGAAACACCAUCGACAUCAAAUUUUUGGAAAACGCUUCUCACACGACCCUCAUUAUUGUGAACUGUGGGCGCAAUUUUGGAAAAGUGGAGGAAUUAGCACACACUGAAGACAUCUCCAAUUUCCUAAAUAACCCAAAACCGAACCUAUCCAAACCCAAAAUUUACAUCAGUAAAAACGAAUUCACCCAUUCUGAAUUUCAAGAUGUGUGCCAGAAAGCUUCAAACUUCAAACUAAUCAAAGCCAUCCACUUUUUCAGCUUGCUUUCCACCGGGAAUUUGGCCUGGAUGCGAAGCAAAGGUGACGUCUGCGACAUUGACAAUUUCAAAAUUUUUGACGAUUUUCUAAACGAAAACGAAUUUUGGUCUUGCGAUGACAACAAAAUUCGGUUAAUUACGGCUGACCCCGGGUUGGGGAAAACCGAAUUGGUGAAGAGUCUGAAAAACAAGUGUGCGUCUGAGUAUCUGACGGUGACGGUUAGCCCCAAGGACGUUAACACGUUUUUCCAAAAUUUAGAACCGGGUCAAACCGAUUUAACAAAUUCGUUUCAGAGGUACAUUUUCAACAAAAAAUUCGCUUGUUGUAGACAGAUGGAUCGUGAGUUUUUCAAAAUAUGUUUAGAUCGGAAGCUCGUGGUUUACAUUUGGGAUGGUCUGGAUGAAAUUUUGGGUAAACAUUUGGGUGGUCUUUCAAAGGUAAUUGUCACACUUUCGGAAAUCGGGUUCAUCCAGUGGAUUACCAGUAGGCAGCACUUGAGAUCUUUUCUGGAGAACGAGUUUAGCGUGGUGUCGGUUAGUAUAAGCCAGUUUAGUGAGUCGGAGCAGGAAGACUACAUUAGAAAGCGUCUGGUGUCUUUCAUUCCAGAACAAACCAUAGAAGCGACUAUUAAAAAUAUCAAAACCACGUUUGCCUUUAUCAAACAUGAAGAUAUUUUAGGGAUUCCGCUUCAGAUAUUCCUGUUGACGGAAAUAGUUCGUCAGAACAACACCAAACUGAACCACGAGUUGUUCACCAACGAAUUUCUACUAACCGAUUUAUACCACUACUUUAUCCAGCAAAAGUUUGCCAUUUUCUAUAGAAACGAGGUCCCUGAAGACCAGCAGAAACCUUUUCUGAAACGUCUAUUCUCAGAUAAAACCAACGAAACACUCAGACACUACGAGAAACUCGCACUCAAGGUGAUUUUCCCUGAAGACACUCUAGACCAAUUAAACAUUGACUGCCGAAGUAGUGCCAACGUGUUUGAAGAUCCUCCUGUAGGCCUUAUCACCAAAUUCGAAAACAACAUGCCCCAGUUCCUCCACGUUUCUUUCGCCGAAUAUUUCGUCGCUUCGUACUUUUCCAAAAAUUUUGACCACAUCCCUUUUGACACAUUCUUCAGCGACAAAUACACCAACGUGCGUUUUUUCUUCGACUUAUUGUUGGCCAAGGACUCCCCAGCUCAUAUUGCAGUCCUUUAUAAAAAAUUCGAGCUUCUGGAAACCCUCGACGAGGAAAAAUUAACACGGAAGGACGCAGCUGGACGAAGCGCCUUGCAUCUGAUAUGCUCGUAUGGGCAGAAACAUCCUCGAUUGGAAGUGGUGCAAGAUGGCGGACGCUUUUUGAUCCCAGACGAAAAGACUUUUAAUAGGAUUGACACCCCGGAGUAUUUUAAUGCGGUGAUGUUUUUGUUGGAGAAGUGUGACAUUUCAGAGGAGGAUACUCUCAUGGAAAUGACGCCAUUACUGUACGCCCGAGAAAGUGAGAGUUUGGGUGCGGAAAUGAAGAUAUUACAGAGGCAGGAACUUUCUUUGAAGCAGACGCAUAACAAGCUUGACUCAAUGAAUAUUUUGUAUUACUCAGUUUUGCGUGGGUGUGAUGAUCUCCUCCAAGUAUUUUUUUCCAAAGAAAAAGGUUCGAUUAGUGAGGAUUUUGCACAUCGGCUUUUCAUGGUAGCGUGUGAAAAAGGGUAUGACAAGAUCGUCGAGUACUUGGUGACCUAUGGAGUAGAAGUCAACCGGUGUGAUAAAGACGGUCGCACCCCUCUCCAUGUAGCUUCUUGGAACGGUCACGAAAAAACAGUUCAAUGCUUAGUAACACUGGGAGCUGAAGUCGACCUUUGUAACGAAGAGGGCAGGACGCCACUUUACCUUGCGGCUCGCGACGGCCACAAAAGAACCGUGGAGGUGUUAGUGAAAUCUGGAGCGGCAGUAAAUCGUGCUGAUAAUUAUGGCAGGACGCCACUCCUCCCGGCUGCGCUCCGCGGCUAUUUAAAUACUGUGAGAUGUUUGGUAAAAUCCGGGGCCGAAAUAUCAAAACCUGAUAUGUAUGGUCGGGUGCCACUUUACGUAGCUGCGGAAUACGGGCACGAAAGGGUUGUUCGGUACUUAGUCAAACUAGGGGCAGAUGUUAAUGGUAGAGACAACUAUGACCACACCGCUCUCUACGCGGCUGCUGAAAACGGCCACGUAGAAAAUGUUCGGUUUUUGCUGAAAUCAGGGGCUGUGGUUGAUAGUGCUAGUAAUUAUGGGCGGACCCCGCUCCAGCAGGCGGCUUGUCAUGGGCACCAGGAAGUUGUGGAGUGGUUGGUGAGAUUCGGGGGUGAGAUAAACCACCGUGAUAGGUAUGGUCGGACGCCAUUUUACGUAGCUUCUGAGUAUGGCCAGGAGAGAACUGUUCGGUAUUUAGUGGAACUGGGGGCAGAUGUUGAUGGUAAGGAUAAUUAUGACCAGACAGCUAUUUACGCAGCAGCUGAAAACGGCCACGAAGGGAAUGUUCGCUGUUUGGUGGAGUGGGGGGCCACUAUUGACUCUCCUAGUGAUUUCAGCCGGACACCUCUUCAACAGGCUGCUUAUAACGGUCACCUCACCAUCGUUGAAUAUCUAGUUCUACUAGGGGCCGAAAUCAAUCACGCUGAUCAAAUAGGCCGGACGCCACUUUACGUUGCGUCAGAGUACGGCCGGGAACCCACCGUGGAAUAUUUAGUGGCAUCCGGGGCAAGUGUUAACACCAAAGACAAAAUCGCCCAGACACCUCUUUUCGCAGCUUGUGAGAACGGCCACAAAAAAAUCGUCCAGUUUUUAGUCAAAUCGGGUGCAGAAGUCAAUGGCGCCAACCAAAAUGGCCGUAUGCCACUCUACAUAGCUUCGCGUAACGGCCACGAACAAACCAUUGAAGUGUUGCUGAAACUAUGCCCAGAAAUCAAUCGUGCGGAUAACUAUGGUCGAACAUCACUCCUGAUAGCUUCACACCAAGGCCACGAAAAAGCUGUUCGGUGUCUGGUUAAGUACGGAGCUGAUGUUAAUUACGCUGAUAUGUAUGGUCGGACGCCACUUUAUGUGGCGUCGGAGUAUGGUUUUGAAAAAAUCGUUCGGUUUCUGGUCAAAUCCGGAGCGGAUGUUAAUUUUAGGGACAAGUUUGAGCAGACACCACUUUAUGGAGCUUCUGAGAAGGGCCGCAAAAAGGUGGUGGAGUGUUUAGUGGAAUUGGGGGCUGAUGUUAAUGCCAGGUAUAGAUCCGGUCAGACAUUGGAGCAGGUGGCUUCUGACAAUGGCCACCAAGAAGUUGUUGAAAUGUUGGUGAGGUACAGAGAGAGCAGUAAUAGAGGGUGAACAAAGCCUUAACUUUUCACAAUGGAGAAAGACAAAACAUCGAAUAUUUUAUUAUUUGCCAAGAGUGACUUAAUGUGGCUUCCGUUUGAAAGAUCUACCACUUGCAAACUCUACCAACAACUUGUUGACCAAAGUUUUGUUGAAACAUUAUUCGAAACAAAUUUGCAUCAAAUUGGACAUUAUCAACAACCAGUUCUAGAUUUUCCAUAACACUAUUCGGAUGAAAGAUCAUAAUUUUGUUGCACAUAAUCACCUUUGCUUCGUCUUCACGCCCUAAUAUUUUAAAAUGUCAAAAGUGAACAAAGAGUUUUACUUUAAGGGGUGCCAAUUUUAGCAGUUGAUGAAACUCCAGACCACAGGUCCGUAAGGCGCUGUACCCUGCUGUUCCGCUUAUUUACAUGUACUUGUGAGCAUUUUUACAACAGGAAAAAAUAUAAGAAAACCUUAAGUUAUUGUCCCGAUUAAUAAUAUAAAUGUGUAUUUAAAUAAUGUAGUAAGCUUGUAACAUUUUUCUCAAUUUUCAAUGUUUUUUGAACCA